AUGGAACCACAAGUAACUGAGAGGGGAAUGAACCGCAAAGCAGAGUUUCUCUUUCUUACUGAAGAACUCUGGUCGCACAUUCUGAGCUUCCUUCCCUGGCGAGACAUUCUUCGUUGCGCAUCCGUAUGCAAGGCACUUCAUCAGACGUACGUGUCGUCAUCGGAGCUUCAGUACAUUGUUGAACUCGGUGGCCAGCGACUGCUCCCUGUGUUCAAUACGGAUCUUGACAAUCGCACUCCUGUCUCCAAACGUCUACAACUCCUGAGAAAUGGAAUCUGUGCAUGGUUUAAGUUUGACAUUAAUUCUGUGGAAACAGUCUCUAUACCAGACCAAUACCAUGAUGGAAGACUAUCCCUCGCCAAUAGGCAUCUUUGCCUCUACAGUCGAGAUGAAGACUCAGCCAAGAUCUUUCCGAUACUACCAAAGCCCUCACAACAAAUAAUUGAGCGUGACUUAUCUCUGCAAUCACUGUGUUCAGUUCCAAACACAGACAGCAUCGAUGUGUUCAUGGACCCAACGCAAAAUCUUAUCGCAAUCGCGUAUGGCAUUUUCCAACCAGGCGACGUGAAGUUAUUCGUUGAACUUGGAGCCCUGGAUCGAAGCGGUGCCCACCCCCAAGCUGCUGGACGAACGCUGUUCAUGUUGGGGCCACCCCAGUGCGAGAACAUCCGCUUUGAACCAGACAGUGGGAAGCUUAAGGGUUUUGGGAGGCAUAUCGCCUUCUGGUGCUCUCUGAGGUUCGAUAAUGCGGGCAACUUGGCACGCAACCAGGCUAUGUGGUGGUUGCAGAUAUGGGACUGGCAACACUCAAUGACGUCUAUUAGUGUCCUCGGUGACACAUUCAACUCAGUGCCUGAUGACUCAAUGGAUUUUUGUUUCCUUGGACGUGAUAAAUUACUGAUUGCCAACUACAGCUUGAAGAUCUACUCAAUCAAGGAUAUGUCAAAAGCACCACAGUUACUGGCGUGUUUCUUGUUGCCUGUACCACCAAUGAUGAAGAUAAGGAUUUUCUUCGACCUCGACGUCUUUGAAGGAAUGGUUCCCACAAUGCUAUGGAAAUAUUGGGGCCCUCUAAAUGCUCGCGUGUUCUAUGACCAAUAUCCAUGGGUUCUUGGCGUUAGUGGGAAUCGAGUUUUGUUUCGUGCAGCGGAUAAUGUUCCGGGGUCGGUCAAGCAUAGGCAGGGUCUAGGACGAGUGGUGAAAGAGCCAUCUACAAUUAAAAUCAGCGAGUGGGGGGAGGAGGUAACAACGUGCCUGCCUUACGUCGAAGUUGUAUUGGACAGAAGAAUGAUACGAAUCAGCUUGAGCUCGAGGUCAUCGAGAUCUACAGCGAAAUCGGCUAGUCAUGAGGACUUGUUUAGACUUGAACCAUAUAAGACAGAUGCACUUGCACAGGUUUCGAAUGAUCUGCGAUCAUCAUGCAAGGUCUGUCAUUAUGUCUUCUGGGUCUUUCCCGGACUGAUUGGGACGCUCUCUCUCGCAUGCCUUGCGCUCUCCCUCUUUCUAUGGGGAGCUGGGUACUCCAAGUCGAACAACAUCGGGGCUGUGAUCGUCAUUCCGACAGGCGCAUUCAUCGGCUCGAUAUGGACAAUAUUUACAAAGGUGGUCCAUAAGCCGCAGCUCGUUUCGGUAGAGGCCACAUGGACGUUUGCCCUGUUACCUUUUGAAAUAUGUAGGACAUUUUAUGCGAGACGAGACCCAGCAUUCAUCUUUUCACACAGUACUGGUAUCGCAAAUGUCCCUGCUGCAUAUGCUGCCUACUUGUGCCUUGCAACACUCGUAUGGCUUAACGCAGCUCUGGACCCGCAGACUCUCGGACCAACCUUGGAAAAUACUACCGGCGAUGUAUCAUGCAGUCCGCACCCCCUUAUUAACAUCCGUGUCCCGACAGCGAUGGAAAGACCAAAACCAAUUGCAGUCACACUUCGGUCAAGAUAA